CCCCCCCUUCUCUCUCUGGGCGACAAACCAUCCCAAUGAAGCCAUGAGAACAGUAUUCCUAUUUGGAUUUCUUCUUUGAAAGCUUUGAUGGCGAUUGUUCAGCAGAUGCACAGAAGCUUAUUUGCCGCCUCUAAUUAUCGCCUUUUCUUUGGGAACUUCUCCAACUAUUCAUUUCUGCUUCAGCCUAUCACUUUGAAGAACAGAAUGUUGCAGAAUUUCCCAGCCACAGGUUUACGGUGUUCGUCAUUUGGCACUGGUGCUACAGAUGAAAAAUACUCAAAGCUCAAAUUUAAAAAAGUCAAGAUUUCUUGUAUUAUAAAAGCCAAUCAACCAAAUGUUCUCAGACUAAAGUCUGAGCGAAAUACUCAUAUUUUUGGAAGCGUUGCUGAUGAGUCCAGGUGUGCCAUUACCGUCCAGCCCCAAUUAAGAGUUGGCCUCUGUACAACUGGCAUUCCCAGGAAUAUUUUCGGUUGUGGGUCAUUGGGUGGUGGUAUCAGAUUGAGUUCACCUUAUUAUGAAGCUUUUGCAAGGAGGUCUUUCUCUAAGAUUCCAAAAGCAGUAAUGAAUAAAAAUGGUAAUUCAGGUGUCACAGAUGGAAGGACCGGUGGGAAUACUUUGUCCAAAAUAUUUAAUAAGAAUUGGAAGCAGGCAAAGGGAUCGGCUGUUCAGAGGAAAAAUGUCAAACGCAAGGUGGCAGUUGCAGCUUCCAUUCAGGCAAAGGGAUCGGCUGUUCAGAAGAAAAAUAUCAAACGCAAGGUGGUAGUUGCAGCUUCCAAUCAGGCAGCUCCCAAUCAGGCAGCUUCCAAUCAGGCAAAGGGAUCGGCUGUUCAGAAGAAAAAUGUCAAACGCAAGAUGGUAGUUGCAGCUUCCAAUCAAGCAGCUUCUAAUCAGGCAAAGGGAUCAGCUGCUCAGAAGAAAAAUGUCAAACACAAGGUGGCAGUUGCAGCUUCCAAUCAGGCAGCUUCCACUCAGACAAAGGGAUUGGCUGUUCAGAAGAAAAAUGUCAAACGCAAGGUGGUAGUUGCAGCUUCCGAUCAGGCAGCUUCCAAUCAGGCAAAGGGAUUGGAUCUUCAGAGUAAAAAUGUCAAACGCAAGGUGGCAGUUGCAGCUUCCAAUCAGGCAAAGGGAUCUGCUGUUCAGAAGAAAAAUGUCAAACGUGAGGUGGUAGUUGCAGCUUCCAAUCAGGCACUGGGAAAAAGUGGUUCUAACUCUAAAAUUUCAGCUGUUAAAGAUGUUGAUAUGGUGAAUUCGGGAGGGCAGCCAGUUGGGAAUGGCAUGAAAAAUCUGAAGCAGCAGUCAAGUAAAACAAAAGCUAAUGGAAAACUUAAGCAGCAGUCUAGAAGCAAGACAAGUGGUGAACAAUCUUUGUCCAAACUAUUUAAUAAGAAUUCUGGCACUAAUGCUGUUUCUGAUGUGGCAGCUGAGCAAAAAAAUUCCAAAAGAGCUUCUCAAGCAAAGAGUCAAAAUCUCACAAAGAAUAACCAAUCUCCAGCAGCUUCAGAGAAUAAUUCAACUGGGAACACCCCCGUCAAAGUAAUUGAUAGUUCUGUUUCAGCAAAGCCGCAAUCCAAAAAGACAACUGGGAAAACUCAUAAAAAGGGGAAACCUAUAAAAGGAGCUAAUGUACUUGUGAAGUCCAUUGAGGAACUUCAAGCUUCAUCUGCCCAUAAAUCACAACAGAAACACACCCCUCAAGUGACAGGCAAAGCUAAGACCCAGGGACGGAGGACAACAAAGCAUUUGUAUCCUGCUACUGGUAAAUCUGUUGUGGUGGUGGAGUCUGUCACAAAGGCAAAAGUUAUCCAGGGCUACCUUGGCGAUAUGUAUGAAGUUAUACCUAGCUAUGGUCAUGUAAGAGAUUUGGCUGCAAGAUCAGGGUCUGUGCGGCCCGAUGACGACUUCAGUAUGGUAUGGGAGGUCCCAGCUGCUGCCUGGACUCAUCUUAAGAGUAUCAAGGUUUCUCUAAGUGGAGCAGAAAAUCUUAUUCUCGCAUCAGAUCCUGAUCGUGAAGGAGAGGCUAUUGCUUGGCACAUCAUUGAAAUGUUGCUGCAACAGGAUGCUCUACCUGAAGAUAUCACUGUAGCUAGGGUUGUCUUUAAUGAAAUAACUGAGUCAUCAAUCAAAAGCGCGCUGCAGACUCCAAGAGAUAUUGAUGUAAAUCUAGUCCAUGCUUAUCUUGCACGGCGAGCUCUUGAUUAUUUGAUUGGAUUCAGCAUUUCACCAUUGUUAUGGCGUAAAUUACCUGGUUGCCAGUCAGCUGGACGAGUCCAGUCUGCUGCUCUGUCUCUUGUGUGUGAUAGAGAAAUGGAAAUUGAUGAAUUUAAACCACAGGAGUAUUGGACAGUUGAAGUUUUUUUUAAGAAAAUGGAACUAGGUUCUUCAGUGAAUAACUCUUCUUUUUCAUCAUACUUGACCCAUCUUCAUUCAAAAAAGGUUAACCAGCUUUCAAUUAGCUCUCUUGCAUACGCUAAAGAUAUUGAACAGAAGAUUAACCUGUCGAACUUUGAAGUCAUUGGCUCUAAAAGAAACAAAAUGCGAAAGAACCCUCCCAUUCCAUAUAUAACAUCAUCACUUCAGCAGGAUGCUGCAAACAAGUUAAAUUUUCCAGCGACAUAUACAAUGAAACUGGCACAGAAACUGUAUGAGGGGAUUCAAUUAUCAAACGGCAAGGCAGCAGGAUUGAUAACAUACACCAGAACAGAUGGGUUGAACAUUUCUAAUGAAGCAGCAAAGGACAUUUGCUCAUUGAUCAUUGAAAGAUAUGGACAAAGUUUUGCAUCAGAGACUCCUCGCAAAUAUUUUAAGAAGGUGAAGAAUGCUCAAGAGGCCCAUGAAGCUAUUAGGCCCACAGAUAUCCGGAGUUUACCUUCAAUGCUUGCUGGAGUGCUUGAUGCGGAUUCCUUGAAGUUAUAUGCUCUUAUUUGGGCUCGUACGGUGGCAUGCCAAAUGGAACCCGCUAUUAUUGAUCAGUUACAAGUUGAUAUUCAGAAUGCUGGUCAUUCCAUUGUUUUUCGAUCUGCAUGCUCAAGAGUUGAGUUUCUUGGAUACCGAGCAGUGUAUGGAGAUUUGGAAGCUAAAGCAAUCAAGUAUAAUGAAAAUGAAGGAAAUGACCGUGAAGAAAAUUUUAAGGUUCUCAGUAAUUUGAAGCAAGGGGAUCCACUGUGUCUUUGUAAAGUUGAACUCAACGAGCAUCAUACACAGCCUCCACCACGCUACAACGAAGGAUCAUUGGUUAAAAAAUUGGAGGAACUUGGUAUUGGAAGACCUUCUACAUAUGCAACUACGUUGAAAGUGUUAAAGGAUAGAAAUUAUGUGACAGUAAAAAGUCGGACAUUAUACCCAGAAUUUCGUGGUCGUAUGGUGUCAGCAUUUCUUUCUAACCAUUUUUCUGAGGUCACGGAUUAUAGUUUCACUGCAGAUAUGGAGACUGAGCUUGAUAACGUUUCUGCUGGAUUUACUGAAUGGAAAGGCCUCCUUAGAGAUUAUUGGACAAGAUUCAGCAAGUUUUGUGACCAGGCUGCUAAAGUACAUAUUCAUGAAGUGGAGAAGAUGUUAGAGAAAACGUUUGGGGAUUUCUUGUUUGCCUCUCUACCUGAUGAAAGUAGGACAUGCCCAAGUUGUCAGGAGGGCACUUUGAUUUUCAAAGUUAGUAGGUUUGGUGCAGGCUAUUUUAUAGGUUGUGAUCAACACCCAAAGUGCAAGUACAUUGCCAAGACAUUGUAUGGUGAUGAUGACGAAGAGGAUGCUCCUCAAAAUAACAACACGGCUGAGGAGCCAAAAGUGCUCGGUCUAAAUCCGGGUUCUAAUGAGAAGGUCCUGUUGAAGAAUGGUCCUUAUGGGUAUUACGUGCAACUUGGUGAAGACAGGAAGGGUUACACACCUAAAAGAUCUUCUAUUUGUCAAAUAAAAAAUGUAGACUCCAUCACACUGGAUGAUGCCCUUGAGUUCCUGCGCUUUCCUUUGACUAUAGGAAACCAUCCGGAGGAUGGCCAACCAAUUGUAAUAAAGGUUGCAAAGUCAGGAUAUUCAAUUCGACAUCGGCGUUCAAUCGCUCCCGUACCUAAGAACAUGAAGGCAAAGGACAUAACUCUGGAGAAAGCCGUAAAGCUUUUGUCGAGUAAAGAUGUAAAGAAAUGUGGGCGACCCAAGAACAAGCCAAAGCGUGAAAUCUAUGAGACCGCGUAGGCUUUGUAUGUUGUGUACCAGAGGCAAUUUAUCCCAGUUAACUCAUCCAUAUAUGGAGUUGACCAAGCAGUGCAUCAAAGUCCCCCGAUAAUUUUUUCUUUUUCAACUACAGGAAUAUAGUUGUAUAUUAACAGUUACAAUAGCUAGUUUUGUGGCAAGUUUUUCCAUCUUUUUUGUAUUAUCAUUGGUUCCAUUCUUUUGUCUAUGUACUUGUUAUGAAUUUUGUAAUCCCUUUAUUUAAUAUAUAUAUAUAACCAUAAUUGUUUCUUCA